GAAAAAACAACACACGAUACCUUUUGGAUAUGGCAUCGUACAUGAAGAAGGUUGCUGAAGGACCACUGGGAACUGGCAAGGCUUUCAUAUGCCUGUCGCUGUUGAUGCUGCUCGUGCUGUCAUCUGAAAAAAUGGAGUCGUAUGGCUGCAUAAAGCGGAAGAGCGGGAAGUGGCUCAACGACACUUGCUUCAUACCAGGCACCUGCAACGCACCCUGCAGAGACGAGGGCUUCGACAGUGGCCAUUGCAAGAACCUCUGGACAUGCAUCUGCUACAAGAACUGCACCGGCUUAUCCCUCUAGCCACCACAUGCAUGAACGAUCGGCAUGUACUCCGACUACAAUAAAUUAACAAGUUCUAUUCAUGGCAUAAACAUCUAUUCCCUCUGCCCCACAAUAUAAGAUGUUCAAGUUCGGUUGGCA